UGUGAGAAAAUAUUGCGCCCGACGUUUUUGAAAGCUUAGGCUCUGAGUUCCGUUCAGUUCCGUUGGGCGAUUGUGGAUGUGGUGGUUCAAAUCUCAGCACUAAGAUUGAAGACUAAAGUACAGUUUUGUUGACUAAGUGUACCUUAAAAUGCUGGUCGUCUUUUACCCUUUUGCCGUUCGUCUACCAUUAUGUCCAUCAAUAACAAGGCUCUCCAUCGAUGCGAACCGGUCGAACGCUCCUACUAGAUUGCGCUGGAAGCCAACAGACUGCCAGCACCGGUCAACAGGUCACAUGGCCAGAUCUCAUCACCGUUUUCGGUCCAAAACGCUGCCCAUUUCAAACGUUCCAGCAUCCUAACAAAGACCGCUCACUGGAAGGCCGACGGGCGUGAGGGCGUAUAUACGUAUAUGCACGGCCGGCACUCACUGACGCGCGCGCAGUCUGUCCUGCACGGCACUCACCAGAUUCAACAUGUUGCUUGUUGCUUUGCCAAGCGGCCCAAUGAUUGCGUCCCCUCAGUACUAGCUCGCAAUCGACAGCGUACGGAUAACGGCUCCAACGCGAUCGCGCUUUGCUUCCAGUAUUCACGCACAGUGUUUUAAGGUUGAACGCUUCAUUUUGAUUUACCUUCCUCCGUUAAGACACCUUAACACAUAGCACAUGCUUGUAUCACUCAGCCUACGAUAAAUCCUUAUCCAGUGCCACAGUGUCGCACAGUGAGCCAUAGCCAUUUCACCGCUUCAACGCUUCCCCGGACGUGCCUCCUAGUGCAGCAGCGGCAGCUUGAAACGAGACACCAGCUCCUCCCGUUUUCUGGCCCGUGGUGACUGAGAAUCGGUUCCGCAUGGUGACAAUAAUCAUACCCAUAUACGUAGUGAUAGUCGUGUUUGUGACACUGCUGGUAAUACUGUAGGGCGAGCGAGCAGCAAAGCGCCCCGGCCCAACCCUCCCAAAUGAGUGCCCCUCCCGCCGGUGCCACGGUCGUAUUCCGAUGUUGUUGCGCUCCGAGCGGCUACGGUACAGGUUGGCUGGGUUGCACUGGUGCACGUGUCACCGUGGCUGCUGCUGCUGCUGCUUCACUGCUGCCGUGCGCUAGACAGUCGAUCCGCUCGUGAGCUCCACCGUGGUCCGAGGCUAACGCGUGCAAGGCUGCUGUUGUGUUGUGUGUGUGUUGUCCGAGUACCAUCCGGCCGGCCGUUUUCCGUGCCGUUUCCGUUCGCAUUCCGUACCGGGGUCGGCGCUCCAGUGCAAGCGCAACCGUCUAGCUGCGAGGGCGGCCACCUCUUCACGUGUAAUCCGCGGGUCGCGCUAGUACUGUCGCACAGUACUAGCAGCGCCUAGCCAGUGGCCGCAAUAGCAUCGACACGCAGGUAUCCCCGGGGCCAGAACGCACCGGCGCGGACAGCGAGCGGGACGUGGGCGCAGCGCAGGCCAGCGAUCAUGGCGAAGGUGUCGGCAAGCACGCACCAGGACCCGGCCAUCCUCGACAUGAUGGAGAUCAGCAAGAAGCGCCCGCCGAAGCUGAAGUCGGCCGAUCGCACUGUUUCGAUGCGCAUCGACAACUACUCGCCGGGCAGCGGUGGAGCCGGUGGACCUGGUGGGGGUGGUGGCCCUGGUGGCGGUGGAGGAUCUUCCGUUGGUGGAAGCCGCGAAGGUGGCAGCGGGAGUGCUACGGGUGGGAGCAGUCCGAUCAUGCUCGACAACAGCCUGAUCGUGCACCACAGCCCGGUCGAGCGGCUGUCCCCGAUCUCGAUGCAGAAGCACUCGCCCGACCCGAAGGUGUUCUUUCGCAGCGAAGCCUCACCGACCUCGCUCAAGGUGGAGGAUCCGUGGAGCAUCGCGCGGAAGCAGUUUCGCCGCUCGGACACGCUGCACGUCUACUCGCCCUCGAUGCAUCAGCUGCGCAAAGCCACCUCGUUCCAUUCGCGCAGCAACAGCGGCGGCUCCAACCCGGACGAGAUUGUGGCCGCACCGAUCAUCCGGCACAGCAGCGUGCGGCACACGCAUAUCUACCCGCGCGAGUACCUCGUCAAGCAGGAUAGUGGCGGCGGCGUCAGCAGCGGUGGCGGCGAAGACGAGGAUGCUGACGGUGGCAGCGGCGGCCGCUGCUGCCGCGGCCAGCUACCGCCAGCACUCGCCCAACGUGAGUGCCAACCGGCGCAACUGCCAUAUGCAUCGCUCGUUCAACGAUCAGCAGAAGCGCAAUGCGGCCUUUCUCCGGCGGGACUCGGUGAAGUUUCACUCGCUCGGCGACGACAUCCCGGCGGAGGUGGUGGACCGGAGCCCGCGCGAAGCGAAAAAGUUCAGCUCGGCCAACGCGUCGCUGGAGAACGAGAUCUAUCGGUCGCGCAGCAACAGCCGCACGGACAAGAAGGGCGAAUCGUUCUCGGACUUUGUCAGCCGGCAGAACAGCAAGAAGUACAACCAGAAGAACAGCACCACCAGCCUCGACCAGGCACUGCCGUACGUGGGUGGGAGCGGCGGGGGCAGCUUUCGGCGCUCCCUCAUCCAGCACUCGAAUGCGCACCUGCUCAGCCCGAACCCGCCGUUCCUGGACGACUUCAAGCCGCAGAAGUCGCCCAUCUUCGAUCAGAAAAAGUCCUACUCGCUGCGCUACAAGAACGGGCGGCAGGAUGCGCGGGAAAACUUUAAAGCGAAAAAGUCGAAGAGCUUCAUCGUCGAUCUGGAGCCGCCGCCGCCGGCCAUCAUCAGUGCGACCGGCAGCCCGUACCGCAA